AUGGGUGAAAAUCUAACACAAUUCCAUUUCUUUGAGCCAGAGAAAUCAGAAAAACGAAUGAAUAAACCAAAAAAGAGAGAACCAAAUAUGUUUAUUUCAUACCGUAAAGAAAUGAUGAAACAUAAACCACCUAAUAUGCAAAUGACUGAAUACAGCAAACUAGUAUCAAAAUGGUGGCGUAACCUCUCAGAAGGCCUCUCAAACUUUGUACAAGAUCUCCUAGAAACAUUAUUCAAAGAAGAAGGCGUAGAAGGCAAAAAUUCAUCAUCAAUGAAGAUACAUUGA